UGAAUAAAACAACAACAAAAGCAUACAAGUGAAAGAAGGCACAAAAUACUGGUUUACACAAUCUACAAAAAAAGAUAAAGCGAAAGAAAGAAAGCAAAGAGAGAAAAAGUUGCUGCACGAGAAAUUUUGUACGUGUAUCGUCUCCCCAUUUCUAUCUCUGCAUGUGCGUGUGUGUGUGUGCUUGUGAAGUAAAGUGAAAAGCAAUGCUGCAAGGAAUUACAACAACAGCUAGUUUACAAUAAGUAUCUACAGUAAACGGGAUUAAGGGCCACAACAAAAUAGGAGAAGCAUAAACGAAUUAUUGAAAAAAAACAUCUCAAGACCACCACCAUGGAACCCAACAGACAUCACGAAUAUCAGACACAUCAUCAGCCGCAUCCGUCGAUGCAGCACCUUCCAACGCAUCCACAUCACCAGCCACCACCGCAUCACCAACAGCCACACCACCCGCAGCAACCUAUCCACCAACAUCACCCGCCGCCACCGCCUCCUCAGCAGCAGCAGCAACAGCCGCAACAACAGCAACCACCGCCACCCCAGCAAAUCCACCAGCAGCAGCAUCCGCAUCACUAUCAGCAGCUGCACCACCAUCCCACGAGUUCUACAUCGGUGGGCAGUUCCUCCUCCGCCAGCUAUGGCAAUCACCAUCCGCAACAUCACCCUCCAUCUUUGGCCGAGGAUCAGCGAUCCCGUGCAGCAAUGUACAUGAGCAGGAGCAGUCAACCUGGCUUGCCACCACCUUCCCAUCCUCCGGCUCAAGGAUCAGGUGCCUCUGGUCCCGGUGGCAGCGAUCCUCAUAUGCAAUACUACACCUCGAACCAAAAUUUGGCGGUGAAGAAGAUGCCAGAACCGCAUCCCAGUUGGAGCUACAAAAGCCAAGCCGUUCCAGCUCCAGCUCCGGCGCCUGGAUUACGACAGCAUGGGAAUCCUGGUAUCUAUGCAACGGGCAGCACUCCCUAUUGGCCACCACCCGAUGAGCAGCUGCAUCACCAGCAGCCGUCAAGGUAUUCUUAUGGGAAGCCAGGAGGCCCGGUCACGGGAUCGAGACCCAUUCAGGGACCCCCGCCAAACAGUCAGCGAUAUUACGCCGAAGACAUCAAGUACUCAACGGUACCUGCAGCAUCGAAAGUGGUCACCUACGCACCACCAGCCAGCUCCUCGCAGCCACAGCCACCGCCGCCCACCUCCAGUUCGUCCUCCAACUCAUCAUCCGUCCGCCACUAUGAACUCGAACAUGUGGUUAAUCCUAGUAAUCCUAGUAACGAGCACCAGCAACCGAGUCCGAAUUACGGCCGGAAAUGUCCGCCACACUACGAAACUCCGCCGGAACAGAGGAGUGCCGGGGCUACGCCCAAUUCAACGGCUACGCCCACUUCUACAUCGCACCACCAGAGCCUGUAUAUGCCAAUGCCGACAUUUAGCACGGAAAAGUUCCAAACAACUGUGCAUAAUGCGAUUGAGAAAUACGUGAGGGAGACACCGGGACCCAGUUUGGAGUACCCCAGAGGUGGACCAGGUGCACCACCAGCAGCAGCAAGUGGAGGAGCCUCCUAUGGUCGCACUGGUUACUACAGUCAACCGCCGGUAAAGAGCUCCAAGCCAGCACCACCUGUUCCACAAACUUCCACCUCUAGUUAUGUGAAAAUGGAACCAGAGCAUGCUCUUACCGGGACGUUGCCGCAACCCACGAGAUCCUCGCUUUACCACAAUCCCUACAAUGUGGAGAACAGGGAGAGGGAUUCCUCGCCAGCUAUGGCCACUGUGCCAGCGCCACAUGGUUAUCCAACCAAAUAUGGAAAGCUUUUACAGCAACAACAUCCCGGGGGAGUGGGAAGUAGUAGCUCCGCACCCUAUACAAGUUACUAUCAUCAGGGAACUCCUUCGCCAGCGGCGGGAGCGGUGGCCUCGCCCACACCAGCACCAGCACCGCCUGCCGGUGGUCCAGGAACAAUUCUGGGUCCGGGAACGAUUUUGGGCCCCGGAAUUCCUCCGCACAGCAGCCAACCUGCUCCUCCGCCUGUCAACAGUCAGCAACCCGCCUCAUCCUCAUCCUCUAGCAAUGCCAACUACUCCACCCUCCAAGUAUAUCCUCACGGACCCGAUAUCUGCUACCAGCCAGGAAGUCAAUCCCAGGCGCAUCAGCAAGCUCAGAGUCACCCCAAUCCUGCCAAGAAACAGCCAGCUGUAUCCAAACCCAAUUAUCGUGCUUUAAUCAACGAUAUGCUGAAGAGGAAUACGGCCAGUGAGCAAGAACUGAAUUUGCAGAUCAUCAAGAAGACUCUCAACAUGGAGCCGCCAGCGAGGAAUCAUCCUGCACCUAGUAGGGUCAUCCAACAGGCUGCUGCACCCGUUCAAGCACCUGUUCCCCUGGCCGUACCAUCUGCUCCCCAACCGCCACCGCCAGCGAUUCAUUCACCAUUGGAUUUGUCCAUGCGAACGGUGAAGCAGACGGCGGACUCCACGGAGUACAAGUACCAGAGACCCAGCACGGAUUACAAGCUACCACAGGCGGGCUUGGCUGGAGGCUUGGGCUUGCCUAGGUUCGAUAUUACACCCAACUUUACGGCGGCCACUAGGGGCGGAACACCCACGAGUCCGGCGCCAACAGCUGUGAUACGACAGGCACCGGCAAUUCCGUCAGCUCCUCUUCCACCCACGGUAACAGUUCCUCCGGCAGCGGCAGCACCGACCUUGGUUAUCAAAACCCUGCAACAGAUGCGUCCCAGUGUACUGGAAACCAAUCCGUUUGCCAAGCGCCAGCAGCAGCUACCGCCAGAGACGAGUAUUGUCCAGGUAACCAAGCCACCAGUGGAACUGAUGCCCACACCCUCGCCAAGUCCGCACAACAGCAGUAAUCCCAACUAUUUGGGUAGGAAAAGGCACCUGCAGGAGUACAAUCAAGCCGCUGCCAAGCAAGCCAGAUUGGAUGCGGAAUCAUCAGGAUCUCUAAUACCAGCAGCACCUUUAAUUGCUGCUCCCACUUCAGUGGUUGUCGUGGCUCCAGUGCCAGUGAUAGCUGUGAAUGAGCAGGCGCUGGCCGCCAAGCGGGAAAGGGAAAUGCAACCGAUGGGACUGCCAGAGUCCUCCACUUCCGCCAAUACAGUACCGAAAAUGGAGCCCCGGAUUCGCACCAAAGCGGAGCUCAAGGGUUUCACAUUUACGCCACCUGUGCUGGUCACAUCCACUACGAAUGCUUCUAGUACAAUAUCACCACCCAGGACACCGCCUAACCAGAUUACCAAUCACAUACAGAUUAAGCUGGAACCAGCGCCACCCAAGGCGGCUGAUUUGGGUCUGGAGGAAGAAGUCAGUUUGGGUAACUUGAUGGACUGGGGUAGUACAUGUAAUAAUCUGGUCGAGCAAUUACUUACCAAGGUAGUGGUGGCACCUGUGUUACCAGCCACCACUACCGGUAUCAAGCUGGAGCUCAGUGAAGAUGAUCUACCAGUGGCGCGGAUUCUUAAGAGGCAACCUUUGGCAUCAGUUACUCCGGUUGGAGGAGAUGCCGAAUCGGCCACCACCCAACUAACCACAACAACCAACGGAAUCUCUUCGUCUUUGGGCAAUGGCAGUGGGCAGAAGAAACUCAGCAAAGUGGAGAGGGAAAAGAAGCGUUUGCAGCUGGAGCAGAGAAUUGCCGCCCGCCUGGCACCCAAACAAGGAGAAAGUAGUUCAUCCGAGAGCGACACCACGGAGCUCCGAAAACGAAAUUCUGCACGGCAGAAGAAGCCACUCAUGCGAAAGGGAAGAACAAGGCAGAGAUCUCCGGAAGCUAGCAUCCAGCAGAGCAGCGAUGAGGAGCAAGAGAAAGCUAAUCAGAGACUUAGCCGCAGUCAAACCUCCAGUGAGGAAAGUAAGGCGAAAGCCUCCUCCAACAAAAAGGAAGCCAAAAAGGAGGUCAAGUCUCCCAAUAAUAAGGCCAACAAUAGCACCUCUGUAAACAAAACCAGCAGGAAACCAUUCGAUGCUUCCAGCCAAAACAAAACCAAAGGUGAGGAGAACCUUAAGCAGGAAACUCAAGAGAGCAGCUCAUCGGAAAGUCACGAAGAAGACGAGGACGAGGAGGAGGAAGAUCAAGAGGAGGAGGAGGAAGAAGAACCAGAAGAGGAUGACGAAGAAGAGCAGGAGCAGGAGAAGAAGAAAGAGAAGCGAGUGGGCAGGCGUCCGGGAACCACGCUCAAGAACCGCAUUGCCCACAAGCUGAACACCAUGACCCGCUCUAAGCAUCGCAAGGAACUCGAACUCCAGUUGGCCAAUAGCAAGGUUCUUCGCAAUGACAAGAUCAUUAGGAAUUCCACCACCAAAAUUAAGAGGAAGUACGUCCGCAAAGUGGUGGACAGCAAAAAGGAGAUGAUGGUCACGCGUUUGAGGAACAAACGUGGCUUAAACUCGGAUUUGGGAACAUUAAAUGGUAGGAACUCCAAACUAAAGGGCAAUAAGGUUGGCAAUAGUCCUGGAAAACCACCGAAGACCUCGCCUCAGCAGCAAUUGUACUUGGAGGAGUAUCGCUAUAAGUUGGCUCUGAAAAUCCCCCAUCGCCUGAUCUCAAUUAAUAAGCUGAACAAAGUGGCUGCCUCACUGCCGGACCUGGAGCGCCGUGAUCUCAGCCAGGAACUGGCAUGCUUCAAGAAAAAUAGACCCAAGACCAAGGCGGCUAGCAAGCAGGAUUCCACACCGAAAUCAAUAAUUGAUGUUCUCCACUUGAGGGUGACCAAUGGCAGUACGAUUGGUACUCAAAGGAAGAUCUCUGUGUCUGCUCCCGCUUCUACCAAUCUCCAGAUUCAUAGUGAAACCUCGCAAACAUCCGCCUCUACUUCGUUGUACGAACAACCUCAGCAGGAAGCUACAGAAAACCAAUCCCUAGAUGAUCUCAGCAAGCGGCACUUUAGCAUCUUCGAUACCAAGGUGUUGCAGAGUAAAACCAGGACGGAGACGAAGUUGCAGAAGCACAGGGAGAUCAUCCGUGAGAUUUUCGUCGGCCCCGAACGCCCGGCUUCGGCUCCACCAGAGUGCGCCCAGGAGGCAGAUGCAGGCGAUGCUAUUAGUUACCAGAAAUACGAGGAGUUCUUGCAGCAGAUGAACAGCAUUGUCAGUUCCAAUGACAACAAGUUGUCCAGGAGAACUCUAAUGGAGGAUAAGUCUGCAAUAGCUCCCCAGUGUCCACACAAAAGGAAGUAUCGUUGUAGGAAAGGUAGCUCGGGAUUUGAUUAUAUACGAAAGAAGAAGCGACCAGCUCCGACCCAGAAUCAGAAUCACACCCCAAAUCAUAACCAGAGCCAACCCACCAGUCAAUUGACACAACAUCUAUUGGAAAAUAAUCAGAGUGCGGCGGAUGAGCGUUUGGAUGAUACGGACAGCACCAUUGCCGGUAGUUCCCAUUUGCCCCCCAAGGUCAAAACGGAGAUGGAUGUUAAUCGGGAGAUCCAGAAAUGGGUGCUCAACAAGGGAGUUGGACAAAGUACCAUGCACAAGGCUGCUCGUCAGGGAUUAAUCGAUGUGGUGGUCUACUGCUUGGAUCGUCUUAAUAUGAAUCCGGAUCAGAAGGACAAUGCCGGUUACACUCCCCUCCACGAGGCCUGCACCCAGGGCUGGCUGGAGAUAGCCAGGAUUCUUCUCCAAUUUGGAGCUAAUCAUUCAGAGGCGGCUCAAGCUGGCAUCAGGCCAUUGCAUGGAGCCAUCGAAAAUGAUCACGAGGAGGUGGUUCGGUUAUUGCUCUCCUAUGGUGCCGAUCCGUUGCUGGCAACGUACUCAGGCCAAACCCCGCUAAUGUUAGCUUCAAGCAAGUUGAUGAGUGGAAUUCUUCGAGCUCAUCUCAGCGAUGCACAAAGUGCCGCCGCUGAUAUCAAGCCAAUGCGAUUCAAUGGGCCUUGGGAGAUAUUUGAUGCAAAGGAGUAUGGUUAUGAUAUAUUCAGUAAUGUACCGAAUACAGCUUGUGAUAUGAGCAGAGCUCUACGUAGAGAAAGGAAGGAGGCCGAGCAGCGGAGGAUGAGCAAUGGCACCAGUAACUCGAACGGGGAUGGCUUGUUACUGACCAAGAAGGAGAUGCAGGAGAACGAAGAUUUGGACCAGGAGCGGGUGAAAACGAUCAAGCAGAACGGGGAAACGAGUGCAACAACAAAGACUGGAUCAGCGACGAUGACGAUGACGACGACGGCAACAACGAUGGUUAAAUUGGAACCAGGAACCGAUGAGGAUAGCAAUAACAAUAAGAACAACGAGGAGCUAAAUGCAAAUGUUGAAAAUAAUUUAGUAACAAGCGUUGUGAAUGUCAAGAAUGAAGUGAAGAAGGAAGUGGAUGCUGAAACAGAAGCGAUAGCGGAAACGGAAGCGAGUAGGAAUAGGAGUAGGUGUAGGCUAGACGACGAUCAGACGGACAUCGAGACAAUGGAUAGUGAAUUGAAUGGUGAUAUUUUUGAAUUUGAAGAGGCCGAUGUGCCCUUGCCACCACUGUACUUGCUCAAAGACGAGGGCAGUGAUAAAUGGGUACUACUCAACGAUUUGUGCAAUUUACUUAAAGUUAAAUCAAAGGAUACGUUGCUCAACAAGCUCUGCCCAAACAACAGCAAUACGUUGGCAAGCAGUCAGAAGCACUUGCUCCGGGAGUUCAAGAUCGACGAUUUCCUGGAGAAGGCAACCUGCCUGCAGCUGCUGUGCGCCGGUGAAAAGCUGAACAUGUUCAGCUCCUCGAAGGUUGUGCUCAUCAAAUACAACGACAGUGUGCGGAACUUGUUGGGCGUGAAGACCAUUUUAAUGAAAUUUUAACCGAGGUAUAGAUAGCGAUAGGAGGAGGUAUGAUCCAAAAGCCGAAACAGAAACAGAUAUAAUUUAGAUAAUGAUGAACAGAUGAACCUAGUACUAACUAAAAUUAGUGUGUAAAGUGCAAACAAAUAUGGAAGAAGAACUAUUAGUACGAAUAUAAUUAUAGAUUUAUAUACUAUACAUAUGUAUAUUUUAGCUAGUAGGUAGUUUUUACUCACACGUCUUUGUCUUUGGAAGAUGAAGUCUUUUUUAAAAGAAAUUAAAUUAGAGCUAAUGCAAAGUGAUACAAAGGUGCUAUACACACUCAAAACGAAGAAAAAACGGAAAUGAAUGCAAAUUUUUAGAGAGAGAAUAUUGAAAAAUCUGGAAUCUUUAGAGAUUGGCUGCAAUAAUGCAAAAUGCAAUAUGCAAAGUGUAGAACAAAUGAGAGAAAGGGAAACGAACAGAUAAUGUAUGCCAGCCAAGCAGCUAAUAAAUCGAUAUGAACAGAUAUAUCUAGGGAUAAAGUGUAAUCUAUGGUUUUUAAAAAAGCAAACAAAUUAGCUAAAGUAUAAACUAAAUAAUAAUUAUUGUAAUAAUAUUAAAGCAGCAACAAAGGCGUAUUUAUGUAUUAUGUAUUUUUAAAUGAAAUUAUUAACAUAAUAUAUAUAUAUAUAUAUAUAAUAUAUGUAUACACAAUAUGAUCCAACUAUAUAAUGUAAAUCAAUUUUCAGAUAGGUUUGUAAUUUUCUAUGUAAUGUACGUGUGUAAGUUUUGUGCAACUAUAAAAGGAAAACACAAAAAAAAGCAAAUGAAAUUUAACAAGAAACUAAUAAUGAGAAACAAAAUAAAUGCAAAGUGAAGUUUUGGCAGUUUAA